AUGGACAACAUGAACUCAUUUGUGGAAUACUCCAUUUGUAACCGACCGGGAACCGGCGCGUACUCUGCGCCUAAAUCUGGAUACCACCAUCAUCACCAUCAUCUGCAUCACCAUCCUUUGGAUCAGCAUCAGGGCUUCCCGGUGACCUCCGGCUCCUUCCACACAGGACACAACGGCUCUCCAGCUCCCGUUAACGGGACUAGAAGUGACAGCAGCGCCGGAGGAGCGAGUUACACCGGGGAUGCGCGGCUGUACGGGGGCUCUGGAGGCGGGGGAGUGCACGGGACCACAGGGGCGAGCCAGCAUCAUCAUCAUGAGCAACAACAGCACCAGCAGACGCACAACGGCUACCAUCACCACCUCCACCAAAGCCAGAGCUUACAAACACUGCCUGCCUAUAAUAACGGGAAUAACACCGGGGCCUACGCGGGGCAGGCGUGCGCCACAAACUCGGACUAUGCUAACGCGAUUGGCCCUCAAAACAGCAUUCACCCGCAGUAUUUCAUGGAGGAGUCUGUGGCCUCCACCUACUAUCAUCAAUCAACCUUCUCCAGCGCGGCCCCCACCGUGGGCCCGAGCUACGGGGCCCUGGCCGGGGCCUACUGCGGGCCUCAGGGCGCUCUGGCUGGGUCACAGUACCCGCAGCAGCUCGGCGGGGGUCUGGACGCAGCGGGCUACCUGGGGCUGCCGCACGGGGGAGGGUACGGGGAGCUGCCGGUGUCCCAGGACAGAGAGAGGGGGGACGAGGAGGGCCAGCAGGCCGGGCAGGGGCAGACUUUCGACUGGAUGAAGGUGAAGAGGAACCCCCCUAAGACAG